AUGUUUGCUGAAUUCAUCGCAGGUGUCCUCACCCUUUGCGGUCGCGCUCAGGAGAAGGCCGAUGAUUUGAAGCCCAUCGUCUCGUGCAACCACGGUUGUGCAUCGAACAGACAUGGUCACGCCGACGCCGAGCAAAUGCGAGCCCAAGAAGACGAGAGGUUGUUCAAGGUCCACGGAUCUUGGUGCAAUUUCAAGACUCAGGCGAAGGGCUGGCGGAUUUGUCUGGCGACAGCCGUCUUGCUUGAACCCUUAAAGAACGAGGUACGUGCCAACCUCACUUUGAAGGCCCAGGAGAGAUGUAUUUCGGAGGAGCCCUUUCAAGCCCCAGAAAAAGCACAAUAUCGCAAGAGCCGCGAGCAGCCUCUUGAUCUGGUGCCUGGUUGGGAAGACUCUAUGGAGCUACCACCAGAGGAUCAAGUAUCCACACCGGUGAAGGUCGCGAAGUUGAGGUUCUCUUCCAAGCACAUAUCCCAGAAGUAUGACGUAGACGCUCCGGCGUGCAUCGUCAGACGAGCAGAAAAGAAAGAGUCUCGGAUUGUAGAGUUGGGUCUUGAGCCCACGUCCUCCCUGUCUCUAGGCAGAGUCCAUCCCAAGGCUCGUGGUUCAAGACCCAGCGCGCAAGACGUUUGGGCCAAGCAUGAACACGUCGUCGACUACACUAUACCCUCACACCCCAGUCCGUCUGCACAGAAGCGUAGCGUUGCGUACGCGAGUCGAGUCAGAUACAUGGAGCGUUGUUCAUCAGGACGCAUGGCUCUCUGUGCGUCUUACCAGGCAGUCCCUCUUUUCUCUUUCUGUUCGGCUUCUGGGUGUGUGGCUAGGUUGCCUCAACGGGUUCCUGUGAUUAUCGUACUUGUUUUGCGUCUUGGAUGA